AUGGACUCGCCAGGCUCCCCGCUCUCCGAGCUGUCCUCGGACGACUUCGCCGAAGAAGUCAAGCCCGAAUACAACCGCUCGCUCAGCGUCGACACAUUCCACUCGCACCACAUGGAGACAGCACGACCCGCGAAGCGCCAGAAGACCGGCGAACACAGUUUACGGCGCGUGUCGCCUGCGCCAAACUACGACACAGACAUCAGCGAAGACACCGAGGGUAGCGUGCCGGCGUCACCGAACCAUCCCGCCGAUGAGGGUGACCAUCCAGGCGGCCAAAUAACAGCAUGCCAGUGGGAAGGAUGCGACGCAGGGGAUCUGGGUAACAUGGAUAUCUUGGUCGAGCAUCUACAUGAUGAGCACAUCCAAAGCCGGCAGAAGAAGUAUAGCUGCGAGUGGAUAGCCUGUAACAGGAAGGGCAUCCCGCACGCCAGUGGAUAUGCGCUGAGGGCGCAUAUGAGGAGUCAUACCAGGGAAAAGCCAUUCUAUUGCACAUUGCCAGAAUGCGACCGCUCCUUCACGCGCUCCGACGCCCUCGCCAAACACAUGCGCACCGUCCACGAAACCGAAGCCCUGCGCCCCUCCGACCCCGUUCCAAAACACCACUCCUCGAACCCCACCAACAAAACGCAGCGCCUCAAGCUCAUCCUCAACAAGGCCGGCGGCACCGCCUCCCCCUCCCUCGGCCCUACCAAAGAGUCCCUGCCCGCCUCGCCCUCCUCGCACGGCCAACACUUCCCAGCCACUACAGUUGCCCUCCCAAACCCCACCGAGACCGACCACGCCCCGGUCGACACAACCGUAACCUACCAUCCCAGCUCCACCGGCGACGGCAGCUGGAUCCCACGCUUCCCUCCCGACGUCAACCUGACCCCCGCUGAAGCCGCCCUCCCCGCGCCACAGCUCUUCAGCCUGCUGCGACGCCAACUCCACUGGGCAACCUCAGAGUCCGAGGAGCUAAAAGCCGAGCUCGAGGCGCUAGAGCGGCGACGGCGGCAGGAAUGGGCCGCGAAAGAGCUGCUAGUCGAGAACAUGCUGGAAGCGGAGCGGGCCUUCAUGGCGCGGCGGCACUACGACCACGUCGAGGGCGCAGACGCGGAAGGUUGGAGCAUGGAGGCGAUGCUGGAUGAAGAUGUGAGGCCUGCGAGGGCGCUGGAGUUGGUUACGGGGACGAAGAGGCCGUGGUGGAGGGAUGGACAGCCGGAGAGUCCGGAGACGGGAUUGAGGCUAAGAAGGGAGAAAUUUGUGAGGGGUGGGGAGCUGGAGGAUGCGGAGUUGAUGCGGACGGCGCUGCCGAGUGCGCCUGCUGCGAUGGAAAGGGCGGAUAGGGCGGAGGAGGAGGACACAGCGAGGAUACUGGCUAGUUUGGGGGCGGGCGGGAGGACAAUACUGGGAUCGGUGUAA